UCAUUCCAAACGUUUAAGCGGUGUAGGAUAGGAAGGAACUCUGAAAAUUAUCUAUAUAUUCAGCAAUUUGGCAAAUUUUGUCUGAAAACCAGACAAUCAAUGUGAUUGAGAGCCCAAGGAAGGAUAGGCAAGAAUGGUAGGAAGCAAAUGUGUGAAUGGGCUUAACCGAGGGACUUGGCAACCUAAUGAGGAUCUUCUUUUGAAACAAUAUAUUGAAGCCAAUGGUGUGGGACGUUGGAGUACUCUUCCUGCAAGAGCGGGUUUGAAUCGGUGUGGAAAGAGUUGCAGAUUGCGGUGGCUGAAUUACCUCCGCCCAAAUGUGAAGCGAGGCCAUAUUUCUCCUGAGGAAGAAGAACUCAUUAUAAGACUUCAUAAACUGCUUGGAAACAGGUGGUCAUUGAUUGCUGCCCGUGUACCAGGAAGAACAGACAACGACGUAAAGAAUUUCUGGAAUAUUCAUGUGAGCAAGAAAUCGCCCAACAAAAGAUUACAUCUCAAAGCCCCAAGGUCACAGGUAAAAGAUGAAUCCUCUACUGAAUCUGAGCAACUAAAAUAUGCAUGCAAUGGCAAACCAGCUGAAAUGCACACUGCAGUAUAUGAAACAAGGGUGGUAGAGCAGAAUAGUCAUGGAAUCCAAAGUAAUAUUUGUGAGAGCAUACAAGGUGCCACAACAUCUAAUCAAUAUCAUUCAGAUUUAGAUCCAUUUUGGGUUGGCUCUGUGCCCUGGCUUCAUUCCAACGAUGGAGACAAGUUUUAUGUUUUUGACAAUACAUGCUACUUUACUGAUUCACAACAGAAUAACCUCAUUUCUCAUCUUGAUCUAAAGGGCAUGUGGUGCAAUAAUAUAUUUUAGACAUUGUCUAGGUAACUCAGCUGUUUAUUUAUGCUUUCUUCUUUAGAGUCAUAAAGAUCCUCUGCAGGAUUCUUGGCUGUUUGGAUCAACUGGGUUAAGGUCUUUCAGAACAAUAUUUUCUGUGGGUGAUCACUGUUUUUCUAAAUUUUUGUGGAUAAUUAGCAGUUGGACAUUUUCAGAGUGAAGUUUUAUAUUUUCCCAUUUGAAGUUGAUAAUGGAAGAUGCAGAACACAUGAAUGCCUUGUUUUGGUUGUUGUCCAUCUUUAGGUCAGAAUGAAAGGCAAGGUAAGGAAGGAGUAAUGUCUUUCAAAUAAAAUAUGUCUGAUGAUCAUCCAUUGUCUUUGCCCUUUGUAUGCUGGAAUAGUUAAUCCCUGAACAAGAGUAAAUACUGAAUAUAUAUUUUGUGUAAUCUUUUGGAGAAUUUUCAAGUUC